AUUUUAUUUUGAUUUCAAAAUGUCUGCCCUUUGGGGGAUGUGGAUUAUUUUAUUCCUCAGAGAUUUUCACUGUGAUGCGGUGAUUCCAUGCAGUCCUAACUGUAUAGACAUGGAAUUCGAUGGGAAUGGAAUUUGCACCCGUGGGUGUAUUGAAGGAUAUUGGGGUGAUAAAUGUCUGAAUGAAUGUCCAUCUUCUUGUUCCAGAAGAGUCUGCAAUAGAACUAACGGACUGUGUUCCUCCUGUAAAGACGGGUAUUAUGGACAUAGAUGUGAAUAUGAAUGUCAUUGGUAUAUUAAGUGCUAUAAACGAGCAUGUGCGCAAGACAGUGGGUACUGUACAGUGGGAUGUGUACCGGGGUAUUAUGGAGAUUUCUGUGAACACAAUUGUGGUAACUGCAGCAGUGAUGCAUGUGAUAAAUCAAAUGGAUAUUGUGGGACCUGCAGUAAAGGAUUUUAUGGAGAAAAGUGCGACAUAAAAUGUAGUAACACUUGCCUUAAUCAGGAAUGUAGAAAAAUAAAUGGACAUUGUAUUAAUGGCUGCUACAGGGGGUUUUAUGGUUCAUCCUGUGAAGCGCCAUGUAGUGGAAAUUGUGCAAAAAUCGAAUGCCUUCAAAGUGGAGUUUGUAUUGGGGGGUGUAAACCAAAUUGGUCAGGAGAAAGAUGCGACAGAUGUGAAUUCGGACAUUACGGACCUGAUUGCUCCAAGCUAUGUAGUGCGAAUUGUAAAAGACAAAUUUGUGACAAUGUCACCGGAUCCUGCACAUAUGGAUGCAUGAAUGGGUUCUAUUCAGAUAAAUGUGAAAAGAGUUGCAGUUUAUCAUGCCCGUCAACUCUCAUUAGAGACUCAGAGGAAUAUGACAGCGAAUGUCCCGUUGGAAAAUAUGGAACUUAUUGCAAUAAAACUUGCAACUAUAAUUGUAAAAAGGGAUGCAGUAAAGUCAAUGGAUUAUGCAACUUUGGAUGUAUUACCGGGAAAUUUGGAGUUGAUUGUCUCCGAAACUGUGCUGAUGGGUGUAUAUCCGGUUGUCUUCAAGACGAUGGUAGUUGCACUUGUAAAACAGGAUGGCAGGGUCAUAAAUGUGAUGAUAAAACCAUAAGAAUAUAA